AAAUAAACUCUUGUAGCUUCCUCUUUUGACUGCUACUUUAGAAUUAAGUAUGAAGGGAGGGUGUCGUGUACUUGUUUUCUUCUCUAUCAUGUUUGUGCUUGUUUGGGUUUCCACAUUGUUUGAAUGUGCCAAGGGUACUAUAUAUUCCUGCCAGCAAGUCAUGGAAAGGCUCAACUCCAAGCUGUACUUGCAGAACUGUUACAUAAUGAAGGAGAAUGAAAGGCUUAGGAAGAAGGCACAACUACUAAACCAGGAGAACCAGGCUCUUCUGUCCGAGCUCAAACAGAAACUGACCAAGUCUAGUGCCAGUCCCAACCCAAAUUCAAUCCCAGACCUCAACCUCAGCCCAGCUGCAAACAAGGCUCCGAAUGCAAACAAAUAGGCAUGCACUGAUAUAUGUUUCAAGGAAUGAUGUCUUUAUCGCACUCGUUUUGAAUGUUCAGGUGUAAUAGUUUGAGUCUCGACUUUCAAUGUCAGUCUUGACUCUUAUGUAUUUGGCUCUGGAGGCCAGUUAAUUUAGUAUAUCUGAUAUCUUUCAGAAGAGACUAUUCUGUCUUCUUAUAACUGGACCACACCGACUAGACUAAAAUUCUACUGGUCUUGGUCUUGGUCUUCAGAAUAAAU